AGUUGCCUUCUGGGAUUUGUGAUCGGGCUGAUAUUCGUCCAGCGCUGUGGAAAUUAUUUUGUCACGAUGUUUGAUGAUUACUCCGCCACGCUGCCCCUCAUCAUUGUCGUGAUCUUCGAAACCUUCAGUGUGGCCUGGAUGUACGGCGCUGACCGGUUCAUGGACGACAUCGAGGUGAUGCUGCAGUGGCGCCCCCCAGUGGUGUACAAGUACCUGUGGCAGUUCAUCUGCCCACUGGCCAUGGUCGGCCUGCUGCUGGCCAGCUUGAUCAACAUGGUCCUCAAGCACCCCACCUACAAGUCCUGGAACCAGCAGAAGGUGAGAUCCUGAUCGUCAGAGGGGAGC